ACUGCAUCAAUCCCAUGGUGCUCCGCGCCUUUCUCCGUACCCGCCGACCGUCUGCUCCGGAGAGCUGCUGGAAGCGGACAUGUUAGACCGGCCUGUCCGGGGAUAAACACUGCACGUAACAGGGUGUCGGACGGGAAAGGAGGAAGUUGCUGCGACGGGAGACUAUGGAUGCCGUCAACGCAUUCAACCAGGAGUUAUUCUCCUUAAUGGACAUGAAACCUCCCAUUUCGCGGGCGAAGAUGAUUUCGAUAACAAAGUCGGCCAUAAAAGCCAUCAAGCUGUACAAGCACGUCGUCCAGAUAGUUGAAAAGUUCAUCAAAAAAUGCAAACCGGAGUACAAGGUUCCCGGUCUCUACGUGGUGGAUUCCAUAGUACGACAGUCCCGGCACCAGUUUGGGGCUGAUAAGGACGUGUUUGGGCCCCGGUUCACCAAAAAUAUCACAGGAACGUUUGAGAAUCUGUGCUUGUGUCCCACUGAAGACAGGAGUAAGAUCGUGCGGGUACUGAACCUGUGGCAGAAGAAUGGCGUGUUCAAGAUCGAGAUCAUCCAACCCCUUCUGGACAUGGCUGCAGGCACCGGCAGCAGUGCCUCUGUGCCAGAUGUGGACCACGAAGGCCCGGAUGGAGGGUCCCCCCCAACUCCAGUGAAGGUGACCUCUGACCCAUUGCCAGCCGUCACCGCCAACUCCAUCGUGGCGGCCGUGCCGCAGCUGCAGAACACGGACGCCUUCGCGGCUGUCGCCCAGCUCUUCCAGUCCUCACAGGGCCAGCAGCUCCAGCAGAUGCUGCAGACGUUCCAGCAGCCAGGCAAAAACCAGUCUCCGGCCCUGGAUAACAGUCUCAUGGCCCAGCUGCAGGGGGCGCAGCUAGCGCCCCACAUCCAGAACCCCCUGCUCGCCCCGAUCGCUGCCCAGCCCAUGGAACAGAAGGCUGCUUUUGAUAAGAAGCUCUUGGACCGAUUUGACUAUGACGACGAACCCGAUGGUGUUGAGGACACCAAGAAGGAGGAGACGACAGCCGUGACGGCAGUGGUAACAGCGAUGACGACAACCACUGUCCCGACCAUGCCCCCCUUUGGUUUUCACGAGAACAUACAGCAAGCCGCAUACACUCAAAUCCGCACGCAGACCUCACAGAUGGAACAUUUCCAGGGCCCGGUGCUGGGGAUGCCGCAAGACCCCGCACACCAGCAGGCCGCCCUUCCUCCAAACGGCCAGCUCCAGAACUUUGGUCUCAUGCACCCCCAGGCCUACCCAGGGAUGAUGCCACAGAUGAGCCACCCUCUCCUUCCACAGCAGAUGCCGGUUGGCUCUGGCUUACCGCCGGGCUUUCCCGGGGUGUACGCUCCACAAAACGAGGCCUACGGCCAGCACAUGGUCCAUCAGAUGCAGGAUGUUUCCAUGGAUAUAGACCCCCCGCAGAUGGAGGGAAAGCAUCGACCUGACGGGAGAAGGUCGAGGUCCCACUCAGGCUCCAGGUCGCCAAAGAGACGGCGAUCGCGGUCCAAUUCGCGGAAUCGCAGGUCGCGGCACCGUCGCUCCCGCUCGCGGUCCAGGGACCGCCGGCGCCACUCGCCACGCUCCCGGUCCCAGGAAAGGAGGGAGCGAGAGAGGGAGAGGGAGCGGCGGCUUAAGGGGUUGCCCCACACCAAGAACGAGACGCUCAGCGUGUGCAGUACCACACUGUGGGUUGGCCAGCUGGACAAGCGCACUCAGCAGCAGGAUGUGGCCUGUCUGCUGGAGGAGUUUGGACAGAUCGAGUCCAUCAACAUGAUUCCUCCACGGGGCUGUGCGUACAUCGUCAUGGUCCACAGACAGGACGCCUUCCGGGCCCUACAGAAGCUCAGCAGGGGUUCCUUCAAAGUAAACCAGAAAGCCAUUAAGAUUGCGUGGGCCCUGAACAAAGGCAUUAAACCAGAGUAUAAGCAGUAUUGGGAUGUGGAACUGGGGGUCACCUACAUACCUUGGAGUAAAGUGAAGCUGGAGGACCUGGACAGCUUCUGCCAGGGGGGCAUGCUGGAUGGAGAGACGCUCUGCCCAGAGUGGAAGGGAGUCCAGAAUGACCUGGAGAAGCCGGACGAGGUGUCGCAGAACGGCCGCUCCGAGCCCCCGCAAGCCGAUGAAAACCCAGUGGCUGCCUCCGUACAGGUGCCCCCCGGUGCUCAGCCCAUGGGAACCGUUGGUGGCCUUCAGCCCCCAGCUUUCCCAACACACAUGGGGCUGCCACCCCCCGCCUUUCCUCCUGGGGUGCCACCGCCGCCCCCUCCCCCCUUUAUGCGACCAGGAUUCAACCCUAUGCAGAUGCCUCCAGGCUUUCUCCCGCCCAAUGCCAUGCCCCCAAUGGGAUCUUCAGGACCCCCCCCACCUGCCGUGAACAUGCCCUCAUCGACUGUGCCUGGUAGCUCAGACGACCCAUCCAACCCGUCCAACGAUCCAGGGGCAAGGAACAGUGGUGAAGCUGCGCAUGGUUCUGUGCCGGGGCUGAGCCAGGGGGGCAUGCCCCAGCAGAUGGCCGGAAUGGGGAAUCAAGUGGGUGCUCCUCCAGGAGGUCCACCCUCGGGGGGUCUUCUGGGUGCCCGGCCUGGCAUGAUACCCCUGCAGCGCCCCCCAGGAGUACCACCCCCACACAUGCAGCGCUUUCCCCUCCACCCACCUCGCCCCAACAUGCCCCCCAUGCCUCCCCAGAUGAUGCACAGGGGCCCCCCUCAGAUGAUGCAUCGAGAACCUCCACCAGGAGGUUUUGGGAUGCCGCCGCCUCACCCUAUCAGGGGACCUUUCUCCCCACACGGGCCCCCUUUCCUAAGGCCCGGUGGCCCUAGGGGCCCAGAGGGGCCUGAUGAACGAGAGGGCAGGCCCUUCAGAAAUGAGCGGCCUGGUUUCGGACGGGACAGGGAUCAGGAACGGUUUGGGGGGCGACGACCACCUUACACCGGUGGGAGUGAGGGGCGUGGUGGGGAGCAGCCUGAGGGGCGGGAACGCUUCGGGAACCGGCAUGAGGAAUUUGAGCGGCGGGGAGGCUGGGACCGGGAACGCCGGGACUGGGGACGGAGCCCGGAACCAGAGCGUGCCCGGGAACCGGAGGAGCGGGGGCGGCGCACCAGCGGCCACAGGGACCGUGAACCUGGGACAAGGGAGAGGAGCACACGCUGGGACAGGGAUGACCGGCGGGACAAGGCCGACGAGGCAGAUGCUGCCGACCGGUACCGUGACACUGACGGCACCGAGCCCGCUGCAGACUCUGUUAAAGAACUAACCCAGCAGGAACCAGUACCACAGCUGCCGGCCCAGCCCUCAGAAGUGACUGCGGAGCCCGCAGGCUCAGAGCCCUCAGCAGGGACAAAACCUGCAGAUAAAGCCCAGGAGACGGAUUCCUAGAGUUAAAAUAGACGUGCUUCACACGUACAAAUUAAAGAAACUAUAUAUCUAACCGUGAAUAUCUCGGCACGUGGAGCGCUGCCCUGUAAACGUCCCAUUUUUGAGUUUGAAUGUCAUAAGAAAAACAAACGAAAAAGAAACCAACAAAGAAUUAUGCUGUAAAUAUGCUUCUGCGGCUCAGCAGCUAUUUGUAGUUUUCAGGGGGAAGCUUUGGUCAAACCCCUUUGUGUUUUGAAGAAAUAGAAUCCAAAUGACACAAAGAAAACAAACAAAAGGCCCUUUUGCAGUAAAGUUUUUUAACUUUAAAUGUUUACAACACAUAGGAAAUGAGAUGUUUCUAUAAUUUUUAAGUUAAUAAAGAAAAACAUGAAAUUAAAUCUCCUCCAAAAUUUGAGCUUUAGGGAUUUGUUUUUAAUAAACUAUUUUCGUACCGA